AUGUGGAAGUUAACAGUGUUAUCUACGAUUGUAAUCAUAAUUACUGCUCAGAAGGCAACAUACAAUAAUUAUAAGGUCUUUAGGAUCACUCCAACCACGCAAAAACAUAUCAUAUUACUUCGCGAAUUAACAAAAUUUCAUGAUAGAUUUAUAUUUUGGGAAGCACCAGUCUUGGUAAACGUGACAUUAAAUCUUAUGAUAGUUCCAAACUAUCUGCCGCAAUUUUACGAAGUGAUAACUCAAAUCGGUGUACUCUAUUAUAUUAACAUUGAGAAUGUCCAAUCGCUAAUUGACCAAACAAUGCCUCAUUAUCAAUCAACGUUUGAUUUUAAGAGCUAUCACAGUCUUGAAAUAAUCUACAAUAACAUGGAUGACUUGGCCAAACGGUAUCCUAACAAAGUGAAAAUUAUUGUGGGUGGCAAAACGUACGAGAAACGUCAGAUCAAAGGUGUCCAUAUUUCUUUUAAGGCCAACAAUCCCGGAAUCUUCCUUGAGGGUGGCAUUCACGCCAAGGAAUGGAUAUCGCCAGCGACUGUCAUGUAUAUUCUACAUCAGUUGCUGACCAGCAAUAACUCGGACGUCAGAAAUCUGGCUGAUAGCCACGAUUGGUACAUAUUCCCUUUGUUCAAUCCCGAUGGAUAUGUAUACACGCACAAGACGGAUCGCUUAUGGAGAAAGAAUCGUAAAUCGCAAAAUCUUUUUUGCGUUGGUACAGAUCUCAAUAGGAAUUGGAACUACGAAUGGAAUGCUACUGGUAUCAGAAAAAAUCCGUGCUUCAAUUCUUAUCCUGGAAGUAAACCUUUCGCUGAAGUAGAAACAAAGAGCAUGUCGGAGUAUAUUCAAUCUAUUUCGAAUAAAUUUUAUGCGUACAUCUCAUUUCAUAGUUUUAAGCAACUUUUAAUGUUCCCUUAUGGCCACACAAAAGCCCACCUCGACAAUCAUGACGAAUUGAUAUUUAUUCAUUGA